UGCUUUAUCUCGGCCUCGUCGUCACCUGCAUCGUAAUCAUUCUUCUUUCUCUUCUUCGAUCGGGGCAAUGGAAGCUGAUCGGAGGGUGGGAGUGGCCGUUGAUUUCUCCGCUUGCAGCAAAGCGGCGCUCCGCUGGGCCGUGGAAAACUUGGUGAGGAACGGCGAUCACCUCGUCGUCGUCAACGUCCAGAAGGAAGGACACUACCAGGAGGGCGUGACCCAGCUAUGGGAGACCACCGGAUCACCAUUUAUUCCCUUAUCAGAAUUAUCUGAUUCUGGUAUUGCAAAGAAAUAUGGUGUGAAGCCGGAUGCUGAAACCUUGGACAUACUCAACACUGUCGCCCGGCAAAAGGAGGUCGUCGUUGUGUUGAAGAUCUACUGGGGAGAUGCCCGCGAAAAGAUAUGUGAAGCUAUUGAUAGCAUCCCCCUCAGCUGCUUGAUCAUUGGAAAUAGAGGGCUUGGGAAGCUCAAGAGGGUGCUCCUGGGCAGUGUGAGCAGCUACGUGGUGAACAAUGGAACUUGCCCUGUUACAGUCGUUAAGAGCACUGAUCAUGCAAGUUAACAUCACUUUGCUAGUCUUUCUUUUGCUCGAAUAAGAAACUUGGCUGUUAUGCCAUGCCAGUGUUCUAAGUUGCUUUAUGAGGUUGAACUCGUGAUGUAUUAUUAUAUGUGCUUUGUGGCAGUGUGUUUGUGUGCAACAACAAUACUCGAGGCGUGUCUUACCAGAAAUAAAAUCUUGCUGAUCA